AUGCCAAGGGGAAAUCAGAGCCACAUGACUGAAUUCCUCCUUCUAGGACUGACAGCUGACCCCAAACAACAGGUGUGGCUCUUUGCUGGGUUCCUGGCUAUGUACCUGGUCAACGUGGUUGGUAACUCAGUCAUUAUUGCAGCCAUUCGGAGUGAUGCCCGCCUCCAUUCUCCCAUGUACUUCUUUCUCUCCAACCUGUCCUUGGUGGACAUCUGCUUCACCACUGUCAUUGUGCCACAGAUGUUAAUGAACAUGCUGGCGCACAGGAAGACCAUCCUCUUUCCCCAGUGCAUCACCCAGAUGUAUUUCUUUGUGGCCUUUGGGAUCACAGACAGUUUCCUACUGGCUGCCAUGGCCAUGGACCGCUACGUGGCCAUCUGCAAUCCCCUGCAUUAUAGCUCGAUCAUGAACCCCAAGCGCUGCCUCUUGCUGGUGCUAGCCUCCUGGAUGGUGUCUCAUCUUCACUCACUCAUCCACACAGUUCUCAUGGCACGCCUUUCCUUCUGUGGGCCCAACAUCAUCCACCACUUCUUUUGUGAUGUCCAGCCGCUGCUGACGCUCUCCUGCUCUGACACCUCGGUCAAUGAGCUGUUGGCCUUCACAGAGGGCUCCUUGGUGAUCAUGAGUCCCUUCAUCUUCAUUCUUGUCUCGUAUGUCCACAUUACCCGUGCUGUUCUGAGGGUCCCUUCGGGGACAGGCAGGUACAAGGUCUUCUCCACCUGUGGAUCCCAUCUCACUGUUGUAACACUGUUCUAUGGCACCAUAAUAUCAGUGUAUAUUCGGCCCUCAUCCACAUACUCAGUGACAAAGGAUCGUGUGGUCACUGUGAUCUAUACAGUGGUCACUCCUAUGCUGAACCCUUUCAUAUACAGCCUUAGGAAUAAAGACAUGAAACAGGCGUUGAGAAAGCUCACUAGGAGAACAGAUUAG